AUGGGCUUUCGUCAUUUCUUUUUGUCCUUCCUUUUAUCGGCCUUCUUCCUUUCCGAGGUUUCGAUCUCAAGCUCCAGUAGCCUAGCAUGCAAUUCAAACGACCUGAAAGCCUUGACUCGUUUAUCCAAUUGCUUAGAAUCAGUGAUUGCUGGGUGGAAUAGCGUGGCCUCUCCUGACUGCUGCAAUUGGACUGGUGUCACUUGUGAUAGUUCCACUGUUUCUGGCAGACGAGUAGUUGGCUUGGAACUUGGUAGCAGAAAACUCAAGGGGAAGAUCUGUGAAUCCUUGGCAGACCUUGAUCAGUUGAGAUUUCUAAACCUCUCUCAUAAUUUUCUAAGCGGUUCACUUCCUGAUGAUUUGUUUAGACUGCAAAACUUAGAGAUCAUAGACAUAAGCUCUAAUGAUUUUGUUGGUCCUAUCAACGGAGGCAUGUGUGCAUUAUCUUCUUCAAUUCGAGUGCUUAACUUCUCUGACAACCAUUUUACUGGGGGAAUUCCAAAAGAUUUGGCAAACUGUACCUCUCUUCAUCAUCUCUCCUUUCAUGGGAAUUAUUUAUCAGGAAGUUUGCCUGAUGGUGUCUUCCAGCUGCAAAAUCUUCGUGAACUGCAUAUUCAGGAUAAUAGGUUAUCCGGACCGCUGAAGAAUGGAGUUGCUAACCUUUCCAACCUUGAGAAACUGGAUAUUUCCUCUAAUUUGUUUUCUGGAAUUCUUCCGGAUGCUUUUGGGAACCUUACAAGACUUGAGCAGUUUUCGGCCUCCUCAAAUCAAUUCAUGGGUCGUUUGCCUAUUUCGGUUGUGAACUCGCCAUCACUUCAAAUGCUCAUCUUGAACAACAACUCUCUGAGUGGUCCAAUCAAUCUCAAUUGUUCUGCAAUGAAAAACCUCGUCUCCCUACGUCUUGGUUCUAAUCUAUUCAGCGGUCCAAUUCCUGAUGGUCUAUCCUUCUGCCGUAGAUUGACUGCGCUUAUGCUUGGCCACAACAAUCUAAAAGGUGAACUUCCCAUUAAUUUCAAGAAUCUCGAGGCCCUAGCACAUCUCUCUCUCUCAAACAACAGUCUUGAAAAUAUAUCAUCAGCUCUUGAGAUUCUGCAACACUGCAAGAACCUAAGUAUGCUGUCCCUUACGUUUAACUUCUAUGACGAAGAAGUGCCUGAUAGUGGGAAUCUGCAAUUCCAGAACCUCAGGGGUCUAUUUCUUGCCAAAUGUAGACUCAGAGGUUCAAUCCCACAAUGGUUGAGAAGUUGCACUAAGCUGCGGCUCUUGGAUUUAUCGUGCAAUCGUUUGGGUGGAAGCAUUCCAUCCUGGUUUGGAAAGUUUAAAUCUCUGUUUUAUUUGGAUUUGUCAGAGAACUCUUUCAAUGGGGAGAUACCAACGAGCUUGACACAAAUACAGAGCCUCAGAAGCGGGAACGUGUCAUCAGAAGAGCCUUUCACGAUUCUUCAGCUUUGCCACAAUCAUGGACAAGGUGGGCCAAGUUUGAUCUAUAAGCAGAUUUCAGCCCUUCGACCAACUUUAGACCUGAGCUACAACAUGCUCGAGGGACCAAUCUGCCCAUGUUUUGGAGAUCUGAAGAAGCUGCAUGUUUUGAAGCUGGAAAAGAAUAAUCUAUCGGGAAGUAUUCCAGGGAGUUUAUACACAAUGAGAAACUUGGAGAUUUUGGAUUUGUCUCAUAAUAAACUGUCAGGAGAAAUACCUUAUUCUCUAUUAAAACUUAGCUUUCUGUCGAGUUUUGACAUAUCACAUAAUCAGCUGUGUGGGGAAGUCCCAAAAGGAGGUCAGUUCGAUACAUUCCCAGAUAGAAGCUUUGACGAAAACAACGGUCUGUGUCGUGGGGGCUGUACUUGUGAAUCUGAAAAAACUCCCACUCAUUCUUCGAGAGAGAAAAAGAUGACAAUCUUUGGCUGGCAGUUUGGAGUCGGAGCUGCAAGUGGUUUUGUUCUAACUGUCACCUGUUGCUACAUGUCCGGAUGGAUGAUUCCGAUGCCGCGAAAAAGAAAGAAGGCAGCAACUAGAAUUAUAUAUCAUGAGGCGUAUUCCAGUUAG